AUGGUGCAACCUAGCAAAAGGCAGCGGGCGCAUGUCGAGCCCUUCGUCCAAGGCCAGCAGCCCUCACAUAUACCUUCACAACAACGUGUACGAGAAUACGGACUCAUGAGUGGUGGGCACACCACAUUACAGACAGCUUACAUCCCACUAUCUGAGGUUUCCCUGGAGGAGAUGAAUGAGUGGCCUUCUUCACCACCACCACAGACUCAGACUCAGUGCCCAGCUUAUGACUUCUUUGAUGACGUCGUUGCAGAUAUUAAUGCAGACAUCUGUGACCUUCAGCCUGUGAAGCGCAGACAGACUGCAGCAACAUACCGAUGCAAGGAUUGUUUUGGGCCGGAAAUGUUCUGUCAGGCUUGUAUUCUCCAACGCCACCAAUGCCUGCCAUUGCAUAGAAUCAAGGAGUGGACUAGUGGCUUUUUUUGCUGUAUGACCCUCAAGUCCCUGGGUAUGCGGAUCCAGCUGGGUCAUAAUCCCGGUCAUCAGUGCCACAAUCCACGUCCUUCAUCUGGCGACACCUUUGUCGUGAUCGAUGUCCACAGUAUCCAUGAGAUUACAUUGGAUUUCUGUGGUUGUGAGACUGCACAAAUUCGCUUCAAGCAGCUGCUACGAGCACGCUGGUACCCUGCAACCACAACUGAACCACGGACAGCAGCUACAUUUAGUGUCCUUGAGCAGUAUCACCUCCUUUCCUUUGAAUCCAAGGUUUCGGCCUACGAGUUCUAUCACAGCUUAGCUAGACGCACCGACAACACUGGACUUUCUCUUAUCAAAGAUCGCUAUUCUGCUUUCAUGUGCAUGGUCCGUGAAUGGCGGCACCUACGACAGCUCAGAUGCAGUGGUAGAGGUCAUCAUCCUACUGGCACCAAUGGGACUGACAGCGGGGAACUUGCUGUACUCUGUCCUGCAUGCCCACAUCCAGGGAAGAACCUACCUAAUGGAUGGGAGACUGCACCUCCAUCGAUGCGGUGGCUGUAUGCACUCUUUAUCGCAAUUGAUGUGAAUUUUCUGGAUCCAGGUUUGAAUGCUGGAUGGGCUUAUUUUGUGGAAGAAACCACAUACAAGGAAUAUCUAUCCGCACGGGCAGGCGAGAGACAAGAGCGCAGCACAUGUGUUAGCCACAAUGCAGUCAAUAUGGCAGACACAAAGUCAUCGUGUGGCCUUGCAGCGACUGGUGUAGGUACUGUUGACUGUGCACGCCAUGAAUUCAAGUUACCAACUGGGGUAGGAGACCUUCAAAAGGGUGAAAAGUACCUCAAUAUGGACUACUUAGUGUUCUCAGCCCUGGUUGGGUUUACGGUCGCAAUGCUCAACAUUUCGUAUGAUAUUGCAUGUCAGUGGUCGAAGAAACUAUGGACUAGGAUGGACUCCAUGCCAACUCGCCUGCAUAUAUUUCACAUCAGAGCUCACAUUGCUGCUUGCCAGACCACAUUCUCGUGGAAUUUAACCAAGUUCGUAGGCAGGACAGACGGAGAGGCACCAGAACGGGGGUGGGCAAAUAUCAAUCGCGUGGCAUCUAGUACAAAAGAAAUGGGACCAGGGAGCCGACGUGAUACGCUGGACGACCAUUUCAGUGACUGGAAUUGGAAGAAGGUGACGAUGUUCGGUCGGACCUUGAAGCACAAGAUGGAGGACGCAGUGAAGUGGAAGAGGGAACACUGUGAUGCCUUAUGCGAGCUGGAGGGAACCAUUCAGGCUGUGUUACUUGAUGAGUGGAGGCUAGAAAUCGAGGCAUGGGAGGAGGACGACACCAAACCAAACCCUUUCGAAAGCAGGGUUGCUCCUAUUACACAGACUGCAGUGCGGGCUCAGCUUGUGGAGUUAGAAGCACAAGAAUUGCGAGCUGGGGUUGAUUCAUCUCUUCACAUGGACGUCUCGCCCAGCAUACUCAUAAGUAGCAGCAUUGAACUAGAAGAUCAGCACAGACAGAGGUUGAAACACGACAUCACCAAUGUCUCCCUUCAUCCUACGGACAAGCAACGAGAGACGAUUACCAACAGGACUAACGCGCUACAGAGAUGGAUCGACUUGUGGAUAAGGAUCCAAGAACUCUACAUGCCCAUUGUUUCAGCGCUACGUUCGUCAGCUGACUCUAAUGCCAGCACUACCGAAGCUGUUCUAAAGCCCCAACACUGUCCUCUAUAUCUUCCAUCUGCCAUUGACGCCCCUUUACAUUGUGACCAGCGGUUGCUGGAGCAUGAAUGGGAACUACGGCAUGCGCAGGCUCAUGAUGCCCUUAACGAAAUUCAUUCUCACCUUUGUCUGCGCUCACAUAUGUACAAAUUCAAGGACAAGAAUCUACGUGGUCAAGCAGCAUCCACUCGCGCUCAGAAUUUAAUUGCCCGUGUUGAAGCGAAGAAAGAUGCAGGAGUCGAUAAAUACAGGUGUGCGCGUCGAGCAUUGGAGUCACUGAGUGGUCGCUUGGAUAAGGUGGGCUGGGGAGAGACUUUGCGGCCUCUUAGAAACGAGGAUGUGAGACCGAUGGGUGAUUUCAUGGGCGGACAUACUCAGGGAACUGGAAUGAUCUCGUGGAUCUGGCUUGCUACAGAUGUCGACACCAGUCGCUCUGAAAAUGACCGGGUUCAAGAUUGUGUUCGCAUCGAAUGGUGUAAGGCUCGCACACGUGCUGCACAAUGGUCCGAGGAAGUGCAACUACUUGUCAAAGAAAUGAGACAUGUACUGGUCUUUCUGCAGGCCCGCUGGUGGAGUGAGCGCACAAAUCUACGCAUACUGGAGAAGCCCUCCGACCAGGAGGGGCUUCAGGCUUAUGUGUAUCGUCAAGCUGCACUACGUUCUGCAAUGCACUCCUCAUUCCAAGCAUUGUGGAACACCGCUCUUACCCCCGAGGACGCGCCUUCUCUUACCCACAAGGACUCGCCUUCAAUUGACCACCGCAUGACGAACCUCUACGCUACAUAG